UUUAUAUAUAUUUUGUCUGUAAAUGGCUACGAUGGAACUGAGCAAAUUACACAAAUCUUUCAUAUCGCUGACACUGUUUAUGGCCUGUGGCAUCCUGAGCAUCUUCACACUUUUAGAAAACAGCAACAAACUUGUCCACAAUUGGAAAGGUUCGAAACUUUCGGGAUAUGACGGUGACAGGCACCUUAUAACUAGUGAUGUAUCCCAGAAGGCACCACACACCCGGAAGGUUCUUGUGUUGACGUAUAUGCGCAGUGGAUCAACACUACUCGGAGAUAUCCUACAGCAUCAUUCAAACAGCUUUUAUGCGUUUGAGCCCCUUCGAUAUAUAGAUGAAGAUGUGAAUAAAGGGAAAAACAUUUCUUUCUUCAAUGGCACAACAAGAUAUCUGAAUAUUUCUGACGUUACAACCAUCCACGCCGAAAUGGUCUACCGCUGGUUGACCUGUGAUUUUGACAAUAUCAAUAUUAAGGACAUACAGAGUCGGUUUAUUGGCACAUUUUCCCAUAAUUUAUCCAAAUAUGCAAAGUGCCUGAAGACACAGUUAUUGAGCAUAAACAUCUGCAUCACCAUACUUAGAAAUCAGUGUCACAACGCCACCGUCAGGAUCGUCAAAACUAUAAGAAUGAAGAUGGAAUCUGCAAUCAUGUUGAUGAAAUGGCUACCAGAACUGAGAAUAAUUCACCUUCUACGGGACCCACGUGGCAAAAUGGCGUCUGAAUUAGGUGCUAGGAUGUCAGCAGUGCUUUCGUUCGUUGGUUUUGCCACCCGUACAUGUGAAGGUAUUACAACAGACACACGAGUUACCGACUACCUGAGGACUCUUUAUCCUAACAGAAUCAGAGUCUUAUUGUAUGAAAAACUUGCAACAACUCCAAUUGAGACUACUAAGAAUAUUUACAAUUUUUUAAAUAUGGAAUUUUCGAAUUCAACCAUUGGUUUAGUUCGAGAAUUUACUCAAUCGGGAGGAAGUGAUGAUUGUACUUGGUGUACAAAAAGAACUAAUUCGAGGUCUAGAGCUUAUUUAUGGAGGUCUACUAUAGAUUUAGGUCUAGUGGCAUUGAUAGAUAGGCAGUGCUACUUUCUUUAUAGGAAAGUCGGAUAUAUUUCGAUAUUCCCUCCAGAAGAAAUACGAAAUGUAGCAAAACCGUUAAUUGCUCAAACAAGUUUUACAAAUGGUGCUUUAUAAACGAAAUUCAUUAUAUCUUCAGGUUGCUGAUAACCCGAUCAGAUUUAUUUUCGACACGUGACAUGUGUAAUGUCACUCCUUGUGACGUAAGAGGAAACAAUACAAUGACAUCACAACGUCAUAGUGAAGGCAGCACUGGUGUUUUCCUUUGAUUUUAUUGGUCUGAAUAUUCUGAAAAUAUGUAAUUUAACCUGAUUGUAUUGAGCAUUUAACCAAAUAGAAUCUCAAAAUUACUCUGAAAAAUGUUGAAACACGUGUUCGAAAAAUGACAUGCAAUGGGAAUACUUUUGAGAUGAUUUCCUUUGAUAAUAUAUCUUACUUGAGCUCAUUACGGCAUUCUGCUGUUGACUGCUCUGUAUUUUGACCCAACAAUCACAUAUUAUUGGUGCAUAUUUCAACCAAAGACAUUUUGGUCUGCAACG